CAUUCACGUGUAUUGUGACCUCAGGCUGAUGUAUUUUGAAAUGUUGAUUCCAGCGCAGGCGCAGGCACUCAACCUUCGGAGAUUCAGUCGAUGCUGUUGGCGUCGCGACCAUUGCACGCAAAGCACUGGAUUACUAAAAUAAUGGCCAAAUUAGCUCUUCGAUGUUUCCCAACUAAACGAGAUAUCUAAGUGACCAUUAACAAACUAAGUGAAGUAUAUUGUAAUAAUCAUUAAGUAAUAACUAUGGCCGUGUUCGUAAUAUUGGCGGUCUGUGCUUUUUGCCUGACUUACGUGUGGUACCAGUACCGCUUCACUUACUGGACCCGGCGGGGAGUGUUCAGCCCAAAGCCGGUGUUCCCGUUCGGUAACAUAAAGGAAGUGGUUAAGAGGAAAGCACAGUUUUUUCAGCCGUACUGCGACACAUACUUUAAGUACAAGCAUUUACCGUAUGUCGGUAUGUACUGUUUCCACCGGCCGGUGUUGUGCGUGAACGAUUUGGAGUUAGCAAAGCACAUUCUGAUAAAGGACUUUGAGUACUUCCAAUCGCGGGGCACGUUCUCCGGCGGAGUGGGCGACAGACUUGCCGGCAAUCUUUUUAACAUACAUGGACCGGCGUGGAAGAAACUUCGCUUAAAAAUGUCUGGGAUGUUCACAUCUGGUAAACUCAAGACUGUGUAUCCGAUGGUGGAAAAGAUAGCGGAUGAUGCUAAAGAUUAUGCCGACUCCCUGCACACGAAUGGAGAGUCGAUCAACUUCUCGGAGUUGUACGGGAGAUAUGCAAUGGAGAUUAUCGCAAACAUCGGAUUUGGCUUGGAAUGCAACGGUUUCAAGUCUGCUAAAUCCGAAUUUUACGACAGAGGGCGUGAGUAUUUUGAUCCUCGAACAUUAUAUUGGACCAUAAUCCGCGCGUUCGCGUUCAUAGCUCCGGACACUUUCGACAAACUCAAAAUAAAGCGUAUCAGUGAUCGCAUUGAGGGCUUCUUCUAUGGCCUGGUGAAGCACACAGUGGAACACCGGCAGAAACACGAUUACAAAAGGAACGACUUCCUGCAGACUUUGAUUGAGUUGAGGAAUCAAGCGGGGGUCGGAAAAGAUGGAGUCACGGGUCCGCAUGACUUCUCAUUUUCCAUGGAUGACCUCGCAGCCAACACCAUGUUGUACAUGAUUGCUGGAUACGAAACUUCAGCCACCACAGGUCAGUUUACUGCGUACCAAUUGGCCUUAAACCCCGACAUCCAGAACAAAGUGAGGGAGGAAAUUGUCAGAGUCCUGGAUAAAUAUGGCGGGAAAUGUACCUAUGAGGCACAGAAUGAAAUGGUAUAUUUCAACAUGGUAUUGGAAGAAACGAUGCGAAUGUACCCCUCCAUGCGAGCCAUCUUCAGGCGGUGCACCAAAGACUACCGGUUGCCGGGCACAGACCUGGUCAUAGAGAAAGACACGCUGGUGUUCGUGCCAUGCAACUCCAUUCAAAUGGACCCGGAGAUAUUUCCGGAGCCGCACAAGUACAAUCCGGAGAGGUUCUCCCCGGAGAACAAAGCCAAAUUACACCCUUGCCAUUGGAUGCCGUUUGGGGAGGGGCCCAGGAAGUGUUUGGGCGUCCGCCAAGGGUACAUACAGUCAAAGAUGGCUCUAGUGAAAAUUCUGCCAAAGUACGAACUGGUCCUCGACGAGAGGACCCUGGUGCCCAUGAGGAUCAAGACCACCAGCCUGGUGCCGCAAGCAGAGGGGGACGUGUGGAUCAAGCUAAGGAAACUCCCGCAAAAACAUAGCUCCUAAUAUACACUCAACAUCAAAUAAACCGCACCUUCCGCGACGCGAACUUUAAAGAUUUUCUUCUGACUCAA